AUGGAAUUAAAUGAGGAAAUAUACGAUGAAAAUGUUCCAACCAAACCCAAUGAUUCAGGGUCAUUACUUCAAAAUAUUCCAACGGAACAAACUGAAUCAAGGUUAUCAACUGAAUGCAAAAGUAUUAAUUCUACUAGUAGUAAUGUACAAAUUAAUAGCAGACGUCUUUAUAAAAUUGAAAACUCUGGAAACAGAACAACUCUCCAACAAAAUAGAUAUGCAAUUAAGAUAGCAACAGAAUCUUUAGUUGUUGAACAAAAUGAUACACCAAUUAUUAAUAGCACUGUUGACAACAAUGUUGGCUCAGAAUUAUAUCUAGACGCUUCUAGAGAACAAGCUAAAGAAAAUCUGAUACAAUUAUCUAAAGAUUCUAUUCCAGAUCAAAUACUUGUCCAAAUAAAAUCUUUGCAAUUUGAUUCAGAUCGAAUAAAAACCCGUGUCAAGAAAUCAAUUCGUCUUGUGACUCAAUACGCUUCUCAUAAUACGAAACCAGAUAUUUCUCUCGAAAGUCAAAUGCGAAACAUAUUUCUUUUCCCUUUUAAUUAUCAUUCAUUGGUUUUCGGCACGUUAAAAUUAUAUUUCUAUUACUAUGAAUCUUUGUUAAAUACAAAGAAAAGACUUGGAUAUAUCAUCAUUCAGUUGAGCUCUUUAAAACAAGCUAUUUUAAACCAAGCUGAAUUUGAAGGAACUUUUCCUAUCGAACAUCAUGCAUUAUUACAUCCCUUUGAAGUUGGUACCGCUCAAAUAAUUAUAAAUUUUCAUUUCCCUAAAGAACUACCCCUAAAUUCAGACAUACAACGUAGAUCGAUAUUUAUGAUUUCUCAUAGAACUAAUGGAAUAGAAGGAGUUCACAAAACAAAUGAAAAUUUUAAUCUCAUAUAUCCUGAAACGAAAUCUCUUAGUAUAUUAGAUUUUAUGUUAAGUAAAAAGAACGUAGAUGCAAUUAAGGAAUUUGUAUCCAUUUGUCAAGGGUUUUUCGGUCAUGGAUGGAAGAUGACCAAAUUAGAGUUUAUGAAAGCUUACAUUCUUCUGGAAAAAUAUUAUGAUCAAAAACAAAAUCAUUUUACGGGAAAUUUAAUUGAAGAUGUGGAUAAAUUAAAAAAAGCCAAAUAUUAUUUAAAAUUUUCUAUAGUAUCAUAUGGUUCUUUCAUGUUUAAUGUAUUUGGAUAUGGAUAUAGUUUGGCGCCAAAAAAUGCUAUGAGGAUGAAGUCUGAUCGAAAGACUGUUCAAGAUUAUUUUGGUAUUAGUAAAAAUGAUAUUAUUUGUUGGGAAUUUGGAAAAAUGACUGCUACCAUACCUAAUUAUAUGAUAAUUAGAGAUCCAAAGUCAAAUUCUAUUAUAAUAUCUAUUAGAGGAACAUUGAAUCUUGCAGAUGUGAUCACGGAUGUGCUUGCAUAUUAUGAACCGUGGAGAGGUGGUUUUGUUCAUCGUGGAAUGUUGCGCAGUGCACAAUAUCUUGUUAAAAAUUCUUUAAAGGACAUUCGAUCUGCAGUAAAAAAAUUCAAAGUCAAUUCAAUACAAGUAAUAGGACAUUCAUUGGGUGCUUCUGUAUCAUGUCUUGUAACAAUGCUUUUACGAAAACGAUGCAAGGAUCUAAUUGCAAAGGGAAUCGAUAUUCAUGCUUGGAAUUUUGGAACUCCACCAUGUUGUUCACUUGAUCUUGCAUGUAAAAAUGAAACUAUGAGUUACAUCGAUAAUUUUGUGAAUGAGAAUGAUAUUGUUCCGAGAUUAAGUUAUGGAAGCUUGAUAGAUUUCAGAGAAUUGGUUAAAUUUGUGGCUAACGAAUUAAAGAAUGGUGAUUAUAAAAAGAUGCCAUCAAAAGAUAAACAUUCUACAUUAAUGUCUUCCAUUGAUGAAUAUUACAAAAAUUUAAAAUCCAAUUCACGUGAACAAAAGUUAUAUAUCCCUGGUACAGUACACUAUUUAUAUAAAAAACGCAAUCCUUCCAAUCCAUUACUACCAGAAGUAUUAUGUGAAAAAUCUACACAAGAAUUAUUCAUAGAUAUUACUUUACGAAAGAAUUUUAUAUUACACCAUCUUCCAGAAAAAUAUGAUAAAAAGUUAGGAAAGGUUAUAAAACGUUUGGUUAAACAUUCAAAGAGCGAUUAA